AUGACACCUUCCGAGGCAGCAAACAAUGCCCUAAAUGCCACUCUGGCAGCCGUGCAACCGCUCAUGAAGCGUUGCAUGAAGUUGAAGGAGGACGAUCCAGAGAGUUUGACACUAUCGGAUGACAUCGCCAGGUGUGUGGCCAAAGAUCUAAGGAUGCAUGCUGGGGAUGCAACAUUAUUCUCCCUGCAGCUACUCUCCUGUGCUGCCGUGAUCUGGCAGUACUCCAAGGGCGGUACUUUUGAGUGCGUCCCCGACUGGACCUCUGUGUCAGACAACGAGUCGAGGAUCCAGAGCCACCCAAGGUUUGACAAGACUGUGGGCUACCGCAGUCCCUCUGAGAUUGAGGUUUCUACCUCUUUUGAACCCAUAAAUUUACCUUCCAUGGUCUUGGUGGUCUUGCCGACUGCAUCCAUCACAGAUGGAGAUCCAAUCACCUCACCGGACACUCCACCCAGACCAACAUCUCCCCCACCCAAGCCUGCGGAUGCAACAUCAUCCGCUGACACUUCAGCACCUCCUGCUACUCCAUUCAAACACAAUCUCUUUGUGGCCGGCACUCAGAAGGAAUCUGCAAAGGUUGCGCUGCAGGUCGGCAAAAGUAAGAAGAGAAAAGCAGCAGACGACACUGACGAGGCGGUUACUGACACACCCGAGCUGCCUCCCCAGUCCUCGAAACCGAGGCAACAAAGGAAGAAGAAGUUCCACUUGGAUGAAGACCAAGAGAAAGCUCCCACCGGAACGGUAUAUGCGAUCCCAAAGAAGGUAUCGCUGCCUGUCGCCGCUAAGAAGGAUGCCAACCCGGCAGUUCCGGACACUUCUGAUGCGCCUGAUGACACAGGUUUCCAGAUGCAGACACCAGGCCUGCCCUAUGGGGCCAGGAUUCCCAUAUCGCUACCCCAUUGCAGGCAAUAUUCUGUCCGUCACCACCCCCGGAAGUGCGACAAGUGCAGGAAACUCAACAUACCCUGCCUUGUCCUGCCGGACAAGAAGUUCGGAUGCAUGCAACUAGCUUGCGCCAACUGUGAUCAGAUGAAAAUCACAUGUGCGAUCGAUGGCGUGGGUGUUAGGGAGAGGUUGCAGGUGAAGACCGCUGUAGCAGCAUCCAAUCCUCCCAAGCACUCCAGAACACGCAUUCUGAAGUCCCGCGCCAAGACAUCAACUGGCCGCUCAUCUAGGAAGACAAACCUACUGCCCCCGCCCCCUAGUUCCUCCGGCAGUGAACAAGAGGGUAAUGCCAACCCAGUCCCACAGCCCAAACAGGACGCCCAGCCUGCGCCGGCCAAUGCCAUGGAUGCCGAGCCAACAGCAAGACACAUCUUGCAAAGCAUCCAGGACCUUGGCAGGAGAUUAGAUCUCUUCGCCACCAAUGAGCGGGUGGAGGCAUUGGAGGUAAGAGUUGCUUCAGCGGAGACCAACUUCAACCAACGGUUGAAUGCAUUGGAGCAACGGCUGAACAUCUCGGAUGCACGGCAGAGAGCGAUGUCCGCAUCUUAA